CAUCACGGCACGGCCGCGCGUAAAAAGUUUCGUUACUACUCCGAAACUUUCGAUCGUAGCAACAACGGAGCUAAACCGAUACUAAACACUGUUUAUUGAUAUUUCGAUACGGUGAUACGUACGAGAGGCGUUCGAUAAUUUGUGAUUUAUUUAUUUUACUUGUUAGUGAAAAUAAAUUUACAAAAAUAAUAACCACCGUAACUUUUUCAUCUUUAACAAAUUUAACAAUUUAAGACUUAAAUCGGAACUUGAUAAACAUAAUUUAAAAGGUGUUUUAAGAAGUCGCCACAACGACGAAGCGAGAGUUGUCAAGUUUGCGAUUGCAAAGACUAUGCUCAACAGCACCAUCGAUGGGAUGUUCAGACGGUGACGGCGUGUGGGGUUCCGGAGGCAGGCUGGGCUCGGAGGCGGUCAACUUGAUGCUGCUGCAGGGCGAGAGUCGGGAGCGGCCGGCCUCCGCCAUGGAGGAGGACUGCUCCGCGAGGCCUUGUGCCACAGACUUCUCCAUAGCCGCUAUUAUGGCCAGGGACAGACAAGAAAGGCGAGAGAGGCGGAGGCUUAGAGACCCGAGGGAAGACACACUUACGCCUUUAGAAAAGUUCGUUGAUGCAACAGCGUCGGCGCCGGGCUCGCCAUCUCCGCCACUAGCCGAAUACGAGAGAGAUUCCCCCGUGGAUGUGUCCUCAACAUCUGAAGCGGGAUCUGCCAGUGGUGCUGCUGGUGGCUCCCGACCUCUCUCCCCCCCGCCCCGUAACCCUCAGCUAGCUGAGCGGUGGUCUAGUGAGGAGAUGAGACACAUACAGUGCCACUUAGAGACCAAAGAGCUGUGGGACAAAUUCAAUGAAUUAGGGACUGAGAUGAUUAUCACUAAAACUGGAAGGCGAAUGUUCCCGACUGUGCGCGUAUCGUUCGCGGGGUGCCGCGCGGAGGCGCGCUACGCCGUGCUGCUGGACGUGGUGCCGGUGGACGGCAAGCGGUACCGCUACGCGUACCACCGCUCCUCGUGGCUGGUGGCGGGCAAGGCGGACCCGCCCGCGCCCGCGCGCCUCUACCCCCACCCCGACUCGCCCUUCUCCGGGGACCAGCUGCGCAAGCAGGUCGUCUCCUUCGAGAAGGUCAAGCUCACCAACAACGAGAUGGACAAGAAUGGGCAGUUGGUGCUAAACUCAAUGCACAAAUACCAGCCACGCAUACACUUGGUACUACGACGGGAGGGUGCACUGAAUGCUCCCAUCACCGACCUCGAGCAAGAGGAAUUCAAGACUUUCAUAUUCCCCGAAUGUGUGUUCACCGCAGUAACAGCAUAUCAGAACCAAUUGAUCACGAAGCUGAAAAUCGACAGUAAUCCAUUCGCUAAGGGAUUCCGGGACUCUUCACGUCUCACAGAAUUUGAAAGGGAAACUAUGGAGUCCAUGCUAGCAGAACAGCAUUACUUACGUUCACCGCUACGCCCAUUCGAUCUGGACCAGCAUAACAAUAAUUUGACAUUAGAAGAGAAGGCGAUUCUCGCCGCUCGUUCUCAGCUGUUUCUGCGAGCAGCCUAUCCUCUUUAUGGUGUUCCGGCGGCGGCUCUUUGGGGUCAAUGGGCGUGUUUAGCGCCGCAGUUGUUGGCUCAGCAACACUUAGCGGCGUCAGGGUCAGGGCUGCAGCUUCCGCGGCCCGUGUACCCCGGCGGCCUGCCAGCGGGCAGUGCAGCGCUUGCACAGCAUCGGUUCUCCCCGUACCCGCCGCGGCGAGCCUCGCCAGGGUCUUCACCCGACUCGUUGCGCGACGCGAGCCCGCACCCUGCCCCGCUGACUCCGCAUCCACCGCACACCCCUCAUCCACCACAUAGCCCUACUUAGUAAUAAAACAGCAUGUAAAAAUCUCCCCAAGAUCUCCCCGUGCGCGGAAAACUGUUCAUAUGAUGUACUAUGGCGAAAUAAAAGGCGUUUCGCAUCGGAAAGGUGUUCUGAGUUUACGACGGAGGUUAUGAAUUGUAAAGUGAAACGGUAAAACAGUGGAGUGGCAGUGGUAACGAGCUCGGGUACACGUGUCGCGAUCGGACGAUUAAAUAUAGGACGAUUAUAUGUAGCCGUUUGAUAUCGAUAUCUUGCGACGCUUGUAUUAUAUUGUACUAUAAAAUAUUUCAUUAUAUAAUAAAUUUGUAAUUAUAUUGUUAUGAUAAUGUUCCUAUAGUAUUUUCUUGUAGUGAUAGUUUCAGAAAAUUUAUUAUUAUAGUUCUAGUAAAUUAGACUGUAAUGCAUUGGAUGGAAGCAUUUCUUAGGACAUUUAUUUAA